AUGAUUCCAGAAGCUGAGUACCCGGAGUCUGAAUUGAGAAAGUACAACAUCCUGGUUUCGGGGGAUACUGCAAGCCAGCAAGACUCUCCGCUUCAGUAUGUUCAAGAAUACGGUAGGCAAGGACAAAUCGCAAAAGUCAAAAAAACCAUCAAAAAGAUCCAGACAACCCAUACAGCAUCAACAAUUCUUAGAAGGCACAUUUCAGAGAGAUCCUGGACUUUGAGAAAUUGGUAUAGACAUAUUCAUUGGAAAAAUUUCACGCUGAUCAUCCUCUGUCCGAUCAUUGGGUUGAUAUUAUGUUUUUCGUAUAAUGCUAGACCCUACAAGCAGACACUUUAUUUUACUGCAUUUCUCCAUUGUUGUACGCUCAUGUCAGUAAAUGUGCUCUAUCAUAGAUACCUCUCACACAGCUCAUUUGACAUUGAAAGCGAAAAACUGGUUUUCGUUUUAGCGGCCUUAGCCUCAGGAGCGGGAAUAACUUCUGCGAAAAAUUGGUGCUCGUCUCAUCGUGCACAUCAUAGAUACUGCGAUGUCUCCGAUAUAGAUCCUCACAAUAUUAGAAGGGGUUUCCUAUUUAGUCAUUGUGGAUGGAUGAUAAUAAUUCAUAAUCUCAAAGUCUCCAGAGCCAUCAGGGAGAGUAAACUCGACGAGCUUCCUAACAAGAAAGUUGUUAAGUGGCAGGCAGAUAAUUAUGUUCUACUAUUUAUAACUGUUGGUCUCAUGAUACCAAGCCUUAUUUGCGGAUGGUUUUGGAAUGAUUAUAUCGGUGGAUUGAUAUAUGCCGGAUUUUUUAAAACAGCUCUAGCCCAACAUUCUAUCUUUGCAACUAGCUCCUUUGGUCAUACCAUUGGUACUAGACCAUACAAUGAUGGCAAGUCCCCCAGAAACAACGUGCUACUUAAUCUCAUCACACUGGGUGAGGGAAAUUUGAAUUUUCACUAUGAAUUUCCUAUGGAUUACCGGAAUAGCAAUGUUUGGUAUGAAUUUGAUCCUACUAGAUGGCUAAUAAAAUUACUCUGUUGUUUGCAUUGUGUCAGAGGUCUGAAGAAGACUUCCAAUUCGACAGUUGAAAUGUCCUAUGUUCAACAGCAGCAGAAACUAAUUGACAACAAACGUUCGCAAUUGAAUUGGGGAAUUCCCAUUGAAAAGUUACCAGUAUUCUCGCCAGAUGAAUUUCGAAGACUGGCUGAGAAAUCUGAGAACAGAUUUCUAGUGGUAGUUUCAGGGAUCAUUCAUGAUAUCACUCCCUUUGCAAAAGAUCAUCCAGGAGGAUUGCCGUUAAUCAAAGCUGCACAUGGGAAAGAUGCCACCACUGCCUUCAAUGGUGCAGUUUAUCAACACUCCAAUGCAGCAAGAAAUUUGCUAGCUACAAUGCGCAUCGGGGCCUUGGGAGGCUCGGAAACCCUUUUUUGGAAACAACAGCGAAUAGAGAAUAAGUCAGUUCCGAUAGAUAAUGACACGGACGGUAACAAGAUUGUGCGAAGUGGAGCUCAAGAAACAAUGAACAAAAUCUAUGGAGGCACUGCCGAUGCAGCCUAG